GUUUUUCAGCUCGAAAAAUGAGCUGCAAUUUUUAAUCUGCUGAAGUAAGUAACCGGGAUAGGCGAGCGUACGGAACGUAUUGAACCAUUUAUUUCAUAAAAGGAAGAAUACGUUCUAUUUGAAUAUUGACAGUUUUUUUUCAAACUUGCAACAAAACAAAACAAAAAAAUGACUCAGUUUAACAGGGGACCAGCGUACGGUUUAUCCGCUGAAGUAAAAAGCAAGAUAGCUCAAAAAUAUGACUCCCAGAAGGAGGAGGAGCUGCGUGUUUGGAUCGAGGACGUCACUGGCAUGCCAAUCGGGGGGGAAAGCUUCCAGAAGGGCCUCAAGGACGGGGUUAUCCUCUGCGAAUUGAUAAACAAACUUCAGCCUGGAUCGGUGAAGAAAAUUAACCAUUCCCAACUUAACUGGCAUAAGCUGGAGAACCUUGGGAAUUUCAUCAAAGCCAUUCUAGCCUAUGGGAUGAAGCCUAAUGACAUCUUUGAAGCGAAUGACCUCUUUGAGUCUGGGAACCUGACCCAAGUCCAGACCUCGCUUCUGGCCCUGGCCAGUAUGGCGAAGACCAAAGGCAUAAAUCCAAAGACUGACAUUGGAGUGAAAUAUGCAGACAAACAAGAAAAGUGUUUUAAUGAAGAAAAGAUGAAGGCUGGCCAGUGUGUUAUUGGACUGCAGAUGGGAACUAACAAGUGUGCCAGCCAGGCCGGUAUGACUGCAUAUGGGACCAGGAGACACCUUUACGACCCAAAGACACAGACCGACAAACCAUAUGAUCAGACUACCAUCAGCUUGCAGAUGGGAACCAACAAAGGGGCAAGCCAGGCUGGAAUGGUUGCUCCAGGAACUAGAAGAGACAUCUUUGACCAGAAGGCAGCGCUGCAGCCAGUGGACUCCAGUACCAUCUCGCUACAGAUGGGCACCAACAAAGUGGCCUCGCAAAAGGGCAUGAGCGUGUACGGGCUGGGCCGGCAAGUAUACGACUCCAAAUACUGCACCGCCCCCACAGAGCCUGUAAUACACACCAACGGAAGCCAGGGAACAGGAACAAACGGCUCAGAGAUCAGUGACAGUGACUACCAAGCAGAGGACCCGGAGGAGUAUGAUGGCAACUAUAACGAUGAAUACCAAGGGCACUACAAUGACCAAGGCGUAGAUUAUUAAGUGACGUAGUCUGUAGAAAAAACAGUAUUAACCCAGUGUUUUAACUACCAAGCAAGCCUUUGGUAUCUUUGCUAGUCUUCCUUAUCUUCUGAUGCCUAAAGUAACAAGUAAAAAAUAUUAAAGUAUUGCCUUAUCUACAUUCCUAAAUUCCUCUAACCUCAACUUUUGCAUUUUGUGGUCAAUUUAUCUGGUCACCUUUUAUAACUUUUUUUUUUUUUAAAUAAUCUUUUGUCCUAUAUAAAGUACGGAGUACUGUGAAUAAUAAUGUUCUUUGCCAUCUUACUGUUCACUUUGGCAAUCUAUGCAAUAUCCAAUGUGCACCAUUUUACCGUCUCAAUGUAUUACUUGCAUUCUUAAUUUUCAGCUUGUUCUGUUCAGUUCUUAAAAAGAAGCAAGCACAUUUUGAUUAAAAAAAAAAAACACUUAUCACAGUGGAGUAGUCAAUGUACUUUUUACCACAUUGAGGUAUGGUAAUAUUUUUGGACAAAGUUUUAUUCAUGUCAUUGUGACUUACUGGAAAUCUGAGGGCUAAUGAUGAAGAAGAAGAAAACAAAAAUGAUAAAUUGUGAUUUCCUCUGUCCUUGAUGUUAGCUUUGAAAUCACUGGAACUGUGUGUUUUGAAAUCAUGAAGAAUGAAUGUUAAAGUGUUUUGUUAUAUUCAUUAGAACUGACCAAACUAUUUUUAUUGUAAAACUUCUGUUUUUAUUAAUUAGUCUUGCAUUGUUGAAUGUGCCAUACUCUACCCAUGUAGAAACUCUGAUUUUCCUUUUUUAAAUGUAUUUAUUUCCAUGUCUUUCGAUACAAACUCUUUUUUUUGUGUAUGGUUCUUUUUAUAAAUAAAUGUUGUGUUAUAAA